AUGUCCACCUUCAACGAAAUGCUUAACCGACAGCGACCCGGACCAUGGCAAAAGUUCCGGGCCCAGCCUUGCAUGUUUCUCGCACAGAAGCUUUACAGUUGGCAUCAACCCAUUCCAGCUACGCCAAUCACGCGUCCCGUUGCUAUUGUCUGCAUCUCCGAUACUCAUAACACCCAAAUCAGUGUUCCAGACGGGGACGUCUUGAUUCAUGCUGGUGAUCUUACGCAAUCUGGGUCUUUCAAGGAGCUUCAGGCAGCACUCACCUGGCUAAGCGCCCAGUCUCAUUUUGCCAAGAUCGUUAUUGCUGGUAAUCAUGUGCUUUUACUUGAUUCAGCACGGGACGAUCUAUCGGGCCGAGCAGCCUCUGAGCGGGCCCAGCUCGACUGGGGCGACGUUAUUUACCUAGAAAAUCAGGAAGUAACAAUUUCUUGUCCGAAUGGUCGUCAGCUUCAAGUCUAUGGAAGUCCUUGCUCUACGCGUCAUGGUAACUGGGCGUUCCAAUAUCCCCAGGAUCAAGAUAUAUGGGCUAGCUCAGUGCCAGAUGGAAUCGACAUACUAAUCACUCAUAGUCCACCACUUGCUCAUCUUGACUUACUAAAGUUGGGCUGUGCUCAUCUACUACGGACGCUAUGGAGAGUGAAACCAAAAUUGCAUGUGUUUGGGCAUGUCCAUGAAGGCGUAGGAACCGGUUGGAUGUUGUUUAAUGGACUCCAAAAUGCGUACGAGCGCACAGUCACUGCCGGAGGCGGUGUCAAGAAUCUUCUAUCUACAGCAUGGGAGUUCACCAAAGCAAAUUUCUGCCCGCCUACGGAAGUACAAUGUCUGCUCGUGAACCCCUCCAUUGUUGGGGGUUUACGAGAUAAUGAACGUAGGCAGCCGAUCAAAGUCUUUAUCUAA